CCUCCAGGCACAACCAUUCAAGAUGAACCCAGGUGUCCUGGCUGCCUUCCUCUUCUUGAGCUGGACUCAUUGUUGGUCCCUGCCCCUUCUCAAUGAUGAGGAUGAUGAUGAUUUGUCCGAGGAAGAUUUCCAGUUUGCAGAGCACUACCUUAAAUCAUAUUACCAUCCCCUGAAUCCUGCUGGCAUCCAGAAGAAGACUGCAGCAAGCUCCAUGGCUGACAGGCUUCGAGAAAUGCAGUCUUUUUUUGGCUUAGAGGUGACUGGCAAACUUGAUGAUAACACCUUAGACAUCAUGAAAAAACCAAGAUGUGGUGUUCCUGAUGUGGGUGAAUACAAUGUUUUCCCUCGAACUCUCAAAUGGUCCAAAAUGAAUUUAACCUACAGAAUUGUAAAUUAUACCCCUGAUCUGACUCAUUCUGAAGUUGAAAAGGCAUUCAAAAAGGCCUUCAAAGUUUGGUCUGAUGUGACACCUCUGAAUUUUACCAGACUUCACAAUGGCACUGCUGAUAUCAUGAUCUCUUUUGGAACUAAAGAGCAUGGAGACUUCUACCCAUUUGAUGGACCAUCUGGUCUGCUGGCUCAUGCUUUUCCUCCUGGGCCAAAUUAUGGAGGGGAUGCCCAUUUUGAUGAUGAUGAAACUUGGACAAGUAGUUCCAAAGGCUACAACUUGUUUCUUGUUGCUGCCCAUGAGUUUGGCCACUCCUUAGGUCUCGACCACUCCAAGGACCCAGGAGCGCUCAUGUUUCCCGUCUACACCUACACUGGCAAAAGCCACUUUAUGCUUCCUGAUGACGAUGUACAAGGGAUCCAGUCUCUCUAUGGUCCAGGAGAUGAAGAUCCCAACCCUAAACAUCCCAAAACUCCAGACAAAUGUGACCCCUCCUUAUCCCUUGAUGCCAUUACCAGUCUCCGAGGAGAAACAAUAAUCUUUAAAGACAGAUUCUUCUGGCGUCUGCAUCCUCAGCAGGUUGAUGUGGAGCUCUUUUUAACAAAAUCGUUUUGGCCAGAAAUUCCCAACCGCAUUGAUGCUGCAUAUGAGCAUCCUUCCCAUGACCUUAUCUUCAUCUUUAGAGGCAGAAAAUUUUGGGCUCUUAAUGGCUAUGAUAUUCUGGAAGGUUAUCCCAAAAAAAUAUCUGAACUAGGCUUUCCAAAAGAGGUGAAAAAGAUAAGUGCGGCUGUUCACUUUGAGGAUACAAGGAAGACUCUCUUCUUCUCGGGAAACCAGGUCUGGAGCUAUGAUGAUACUAACCAUAUGAUGGAUAAAGACUACCCCAGACUAAUAGAAGAGGACUUUCCAGGUGUUGGUGAUAAUGUAGAUGCCGUCUACGAGAAAAAUGGUUAUAUCUAUUUUUUCAAUGGGCCCAUACAGUUUGAAUACAGCAUCUGGAGUAACCGUAUUGUUCGUGUCAUGCCAGCAAAUUCCCUUUUGUGGUGCUAAGUGUCUUUUAAAUAUUGUUAUUUAAGUCUUGGAGGACAUUUGGGAUAAUACCUCUUAGGGUAUGGGAGAGGGAGAGGUAUCAGGGGAAAGCUUAGUUCUGUGAACAAGCUUCAGUAAGUUAUCUUUGAAUAUGUAAUAUCUAUAUAACUAUGCGUGGCUGGAACCACAUUGAAUUUUAAAGUAAUGAAACUCAGUAUCUCUAAGGAUCACCUAAUUCUUGUAUGCUAUACAGAAGCAAUAAUUGGCAAUAUUUCCCACAUCAAAAAUGAAAUAUAUAGUCUGUCAAAGAGAAUUAGCAUAAUUUCUAAUAUAUUUAUAAGAAAAUUUUGUAAAGGCAUAAAAAUAAAUUGCAUUUAUAUAAUUAAUAAGUUAUCUUGGUCAGAAAUUUCAAAAUAGCAUAAAAAUGGAAUUUUGGGGGAGCAUAUGGUAACCAUAGAUGAAUGAAGGUAAACCAAAAGGAAAUGUCUAUAAUAACUAUAUUGCAAACAACUUCACAAAAAAAUAAUUUGGGUUUUGCACUGAAAAUAUUUGCAUGUACAUGUACCUUUUCAUAUAGACA